CUGCAGCCUGCGUUUCUCUUGCCGCAGUGCCACACCCUCGCUCUCCGGACCUGGGCUGGCGGUGGCUGCAGGGCAGCUCCUGGUGCCCAAAUGGCUGAGGGGGACGCAGGGAGCGACCAGAGGCAGAAUGAGGAAAUUGAAGCAAUGGCAGCCAUUUAUGGGGAGGAAUGGUGUGUCAUUGAUGACUGUGCCAAAAUAUUUUGUAUUAGGAUUAGCGACGAUAUAGAUGACCCCAAAUGGACCCUUUGCUUGCAGGUGAUGCUGCCGAAUGAAUACCCAGGUACAGCUCCACCUAUUUAUCAACUGAAUGCUCCUUGGCUUAAAGGGCAAGAACGUGCAGACUUAUCAAACAGCCUUGAGGAAAUAUAUAUACAGAAUAUUGGUGAAAGUAUUCUUUACUUGUGGGUGGAGAAAAUAAGAGAUGUUCUAAUAGAAAAAUCUCAGAUGACAGAACCAGGCCCUGAAGUAAAGAAGAAGACUGAAGAGGUGGUUGUUGAAUGUGAAGAUGAUCCCAUCGUACCACCUCAGCCAGAAAAUUCAGCUAAAGCAGUGGAUGUUCGUGUCAGAGAAAAGCCAAGAGAAGUAGAAGAAAUACCUCCAAUUGAUCAUGGCGUUCCCAUUACAGACCGAAGAAGUACUUUUCAGGCACACUUGGCUCCGGUGGUUUGCCCCGAACAGGUGAAAAUGGUUCUUUCCAAAUUGUAUGAGAAUAAGAAAAUAUCUAGUGCCACUCACAACAUCUAUGCCUACAGAAUAUAUUGUGAGGAUAAGCAGACCUUUCUGCAGGACUCCGAGGAUGAUGGGGAGACUGCUGCAGGUGGGCGUCUCCUUCACCUCAUGGAGAUUUUAAAUGUGAGGAAUGUCCUGGUGGUAGUAUCCCGCUGGUAUGGAGGGAUUCUGCUAGGACCGGAUCGCUUUAAACAUAUCAACAACUGUGCCAGAAACAUACUAGUGGAGAAGAACUAUACCAGUUCACCAGAAGAGUCAUCUAAGGCUUUGGGAAAGAACAAAAAAAUGAAAAACAAGAAGAGGAAUGAGCAUUAAUACCUGAAACCAUAUGAAAGGUUAAUUUGCCUACAAUUAUAUACACAUUCCAUAGUCAUCAAGGAGUAUGUUGUACGCGAGUAUCCUUGACUGUGCUCAAGUCAGCCAAUUCACCGUGGACACCAGCAUUAUCUUUCUCCGUUGGUUAUACCAUCUGCCAAAAAUAGACAACUUAUGAUAAAAUCAUGUGUGUUUCAGGCUUGCUUGAGAGAACGGAUUUGACCUUAUUGACCACUUCGUCUAAUUUUAGAAGGCAACAGUUGCCCAGGGCAGUAUUUGGAUUACUGUCUUUUUUGGUGUGUGUCAAGUGCCUUUGUUAGGUGGGGGAGAGAGAUCUCUAGAGGUUAAUGAAUACCUGAUUUCUUGUCAUAGAGAUUCUUGUACUGUUAAAUGAAUGUUGCCUUGUACUGCUCUUUAUGGCUUACUGGAACAGGAGCUCAUGGAAGACUGAUCUUGGAGAGUUUCUUCUUGUGAUUUCGGUACAUCAGUGUGUCACCUUUCAUAGUGUUCAUCACUGAAUAAUAGAUUAAGUGAAAAUUUAGGUGUAUCCAUCUACGAUUAUGUGCUGAGGUGAUCAUCCAUCUAACAUAUUUGUUAGCAUAAAUGUUAUGCCUCAAUUUACGUCACAAACUUGUGAUUGUGAAGUUUCAAAAAGUGAUUUCCUAGUCUCUGCGUUUUUUUGGAGUUAAUUCUUGUAACGUGAAGUCAUAGAAUAUGGAGUGUCAGUAGGUUUCUUCCACCCUUGAAACAUGUUGAUGUUAAUAUUACAGUUUCUUUUACCAACUUGGAAGUAGUACCCUUCUCGUGAACUUCAUCGAGGAAUUAGAACCAUGCUAGAAGUGAGGCGAUGGGUUAAUGGAACGUUAAUGGAAUGGGAUAGAAGUGGCAGAAUGUUGCUGGUAUAGGGCAAGAAUGGGUAGGAUAGUUGAUGCACACUUCCCAUCUGAGCUCCAGAUAGCUUUCUCAGUUCUGUGAUUUUGCAGAGAGAAGGAACAAAACUUUUGAUUGGAAGAACAAAGACAUUCCCUCUUUUUCCACUCCUGUCAAAUCUUCCUUUUUUUAAUCGAUGCUUCCAGUUUCUUUCCUCUGAAGUUACCUCUAAGCAUUCAGAUAAUUUAUCUUCGAGAUAAAACAGUAAGUCCUAAACAGUUCCUUUUCAAACAUGUUUGGAAACAAUUGUUCUUAAGUUCUUACUUAAGGGCUGGCAUCAUGGCGCAGCAGGUUAAGACACCGCCUGCGGUGCCUAGCAUCCCAUAUAAGUGUGGGUUCGUUUCCUGGCCACUCUGCUUCUGAUCCAGCUCCCUGCUAAUGUGCCUAGGAAAGCAGAAGAUGGCCCAAGUGCUUGGGCCCCUGACCCACAUGGGAGACCCAGGUGGAGUUCUGAGCUGUUGCUUUCAGCCUGCUCUACCUUCCCUCCCUCCCUCUCUCUCCCCCUUUCUGUGACUAUGCCUUUCAGAUACAUAAAAAAUUUUUAAAAGAGUUCUUACUUGAUCAUAGGAAUUAGGAGGCAGCUUGGGGUUGUCCUAAAACAUGGGACGCAUCAGAGAACUGGACAGAGAUUUUUGUUUUCAGUGUUUUACCUUUAAAAGAUCUAACAUCUUUACUUGAUAUUUUUAAUAAGAAUCUAUCAGAUAGCUUUACACUAGGGUGGGUUCUGAGUCAUAAAAUCUAAAUUAUUUUUGCUGUAAGUAUAUUUAAUGAUGUGAAUGAUCAAGAAUCAGAGAAGGACCUAUUUGGAAUAUUUACCUCAGAUACCAUGAAAUGUUUAAUAUAUCCUAUAUAUUAAUUCUUAGAAUAAUUAAAGGAAUUAGAGCACAGUAAUAAUAAAAUAACUUCACUGUUUUGGCAUGCCAGACCUUUAUUUUUUUUUUAAUUUUUUUAACUUUUAUUUAAUGAAUAUAAAUUUCCAGUGUACAGCUUAUGGAUUACAAUGGCUUCCCCCUCCCAGACCUUUAAAAGGAAAAAACUAACACUUUGAAAAUAAAUGAGUUAAUUUUUCUGCAACACUGAAUUUGAAUUUUUCUUGUUUUAUCUAACAUUUAUUUAGGUCUUUUUGUUUUGUUUUGUUUCCUUUUAAUUGAGUUGAAAGGCAAAGAGACACACAGGUCUUCUGUCUGCUGGUUCUUUCCCCAAAUGCCUGCUAUGUCUGAGGCUGGGCUGGUGCUGGGCUGAUCCAAAGUUGGGAGCCUGGAACUCUGUCCAGGUCUCGCAGCCAGGUGGCAGGAAUCCAGCUAGUCCAGUCAUCACUUGCUGCCUCCCAGGGUGCUCAUUAAUAGGAAGUUAGGAUCAGAGGUGGAGCCAGGACUGAAACCCAGACACUUUCGUAGGGGAUGUGGGCAUCUCAUGUGGCAUUUUAACUGCUCUGUCAACCACCCACCCCUUAUUUAGGUUUUUACAGAAAACAAGGCCUCCUUAUAUCCAUGAUCUUAUUUUCCUGUAUUUUUAGAAAAAGCUUAAUUUUGCCUUUUGCUACAGAGUUGUUAACCCUAUUUUGCUGAAUAGUAAUAAAAAAGCCUCUUAGUCCUUUUGCCCAAUGUCAGUUAGCUGUAGGAGGGAGAGGUUCCAGUUUCUCUACUUCUGAACUCUGGGUUAUUUCACAUUCUACAAUUAAGGAAAACCUAACUAAUGAUAGUAUUUUUUCCCCCUCUAUUUACAAUUUCUCUUGAAUAGAGAUUUUCCAAAUACUUUCUAUAACCAGAUCUAUGCUGUGGCAUAUUUUAUAUUCGUUAAAAUAUUUUCCAUAUGCCAGCAUAUAAGAACAAGUCAUGUCUACUUUGUAAGUGGGAAUAGCAGUUGCUGCAUCCAAUGUAUGCUUUUGAGGUAUGUAUCAUGAAACAGAGCCUAUCUGAAGAGAAUUAUAUCGAACAAAUCCUAAGACAGAACAGCGUAAAACACAUACUGUUUAGAGGGCCGGUGAGAUUUAUUGCAAAAAUUGCAUAAUCACCUCUAAUUCUCCCAUAGAGAUAACCAUUCUUAACAUUUGGUACGUACAUUUUAUUUUUUUCUUAUGCAUGAUUUUGUAUAUAUGACUAUUUUUCUUUCCAUAAAAAUGGUAUUAAGCUGUAUAUACCGUUUUGUAUC